UAUUCUACUUUCCCUUUCCCUCUUCUCUUUUUCUGCAGUCUAGCACUCUGCCUCUGCAGAAAUGGUUAGUGGGGGCAGCAGAGAAACCGCCCGUGACCCUCUCUCCUUUCAUCAUCUCACAUUCUCGCACUCUUCUUCUUCCUUAAUUUACUUGUCCUUCUUCAAGUUCCAUGUCACUUUCCACCUAUGUACCCUAACCGCACAUAUAUGUAUAUAUAGGCCAUGUUGGUCCAUAGACUCAUAUCCUUGAAACCAUUCCUACAAUGUCAGGAAUCCCCAAUUCCAUGUUCCUGCUCAUACUCCUGCUCCUGCUGCUGAAUUCAGGGCAAACGGCGUUCUGUCACACAAAGGGGCUAAAACCGGGGAAAUCAAUGGGGAAUAACCAACAGAUCCUUCCUCCUCCUGUGAAUUCCACGAGAACCCAAUUCUCAGAACAGCAGUUCCUCAAAUGGGUCAAGUUCGUCGGCAGGUUGAAGCACUCCGUCUUCAAACCAGCCAAGAACAAGCUCUUCCCUUCUUUCACCCUCACCGUCGACAAGAACCCGGUCACCGGCGACUUCACCUCGAUUCAGGACGCCGUCGAUUCCCUCCCUUUCAUCAAUGUCGUCAGGGUCCUGAUCAAGGUCCAUGCAGGCGUUUACACAGAGAAGGUGAGCAUCCCGCCAUUGAAGUCAUUCAUAACGAUCGAAGGUGCAGGGGCGGAGAAGACGAUAGUUCAAUGGGGGGACACGGCCCAAACCCCCGGCCCAAGAGGCCAGCCCAUGGGCACCUACGCCUCCGCCACGUUUGCCGUCAAUUCCCCCUUCUUCAUAGCCAAGAACAUCACUUUCAAGAAUACGACGCCGGUUCCAGCGCCGGGAGCCGCCGGAAAACAGGCGGUGGCGUUCAGGAUAUCGGCGGAUACGGCGACGUUUCUGGGGUGCAGAUUCCUGGGAGCGCAGGACACUCUGUAUGAUCAUCUGGGGAGGCACUACUACAAAGAUUGCUACAUUGAGGGGUCCGUGGAUUUCAUAUUCGGAAACGGCCUGUCACUGUUCGAGGGGUGUCACGUGCAUGCAAUAGCGCAGUACACAGGGGCGCUAACGGCGCAGGGGAGGAGCAGCCUGUUGCAGGAUACAGGGUUCUCGUUCGUCAACUGUAAGGUCACGGGGUCGGGUGCCCUUUACCUUGGGAGGGCUUGGGGUCCUUUCUCGAGGGUCGUUUUUGCCUAUACUUACAUGGACGACAUCAUCAUCCCCAAAGGCUGGUACAAUUGGGGCGACCCUACCCGCGAAUUGACGGUUUUCUAUGGGCAGUACAAGUGUACAGGUCCCGGAGCCAGUUUCGCAGGCAGGGUGGCGUGGUCGAGAGAGCUCACCGACGAGGAAGCCAAGCCUUUUCUUUCGCUUAGCUACAUUGACGGCUCUGAAUGGGUCAAAUUGGAAAUAUAAUAAAAGUUUCGGGGCCUUUUUGGGUUUUUUUUUUCCAACUCCGAAGUGUGAUAUUUGUAAUUUUACUUCCUUCUGCUUUCCCUCCUCGCUUUGUAAAAAAGAAAAAGCUAGGUGAUUAGUUUUGCUAAACUGGAUUUAAUAUUGUGGAUUAGAUUAACCUAAAUGGGGAUGAUUAGUGUUUUUUUUUGUCAUCUCCCAAUUAUAAUAAAUUUCAAUCACAAUGCAAUAAAUAAUAAAAGAGUUAGGUGUUUGUUGAUCUGCAAG